AUGUGUGUGAUAAUUGUUCAUCACCAAUCUGAGAUUGAGAUUCGCCGACCCGCUGUUAUCGAUCCCUUCAGUAGCGACAAAUUCUUCAACCCAUACGAAACUAUCACGGAAGAGCGCCACUACGGAGGCGCUCUCAGGGAGAAUUUCUGCAAUUUUCACGAUGACAGUACCGCGUGCAUCAAGAACCAAUGGACGAAGUGCAUUGCUGAGGAUGGCGAGACCUGCUUUGAGUGGCAGACCUUCCACGUGGUCUCUCCCAGCAGGGAUGAGAGCUUCCUAUCCAAGAUGGGCCCGCCGCAUCCUCCUGGCAAUAAACAUGUCUCCAGUGACAAACAUGCUUCCUAUAUCAAACUGAGAAAGGACUUUUGGGAAGCUGGAACUCAGGUUCAGUGGUGGACCCAGCAACUUGACGAGUCCAGGAAGAAACUGGCAGCCCAGAGAGCGGCUUUUUGCGAUGAUGAAUAUCUUCUCAUGUGCCUCAAGGACGCCCGCAAGCACCUGCAGGACUCCAUCGAUGAGUUGAUGGUACUAACCAAAAUAUGGAGGAUGUAUGCCACGGACUAUAAGAUGGAGCCAUGCCCGGCGGAUGGAUUCGACUUUGAUGCAUUCGCCGAGUUCUUUCAAGCUGUACCGGAGUACGGCGCCCCGAUCAUUCCUUAUCAACUGCUUCUGAAAACUGAUCCGGAAGCUCUGCCAACUUACGCAGCCUCUGAAGCAACGAUCCCGCUGCAUAGGUAG